AAGUUUUUAAAUGUGUUCUCACUAUCAAAUUUAAUAGGCUCCUCUCUUUCUCUCUCUGCCCCCUCUCUCUUUCUAGAUUUUCUCAGUGGAUUGGUUCUCUGAGAGAGGGGCGUUAAUCUCGGUGCUGCAAAAUCCUAAUCCAUUGUGUUGCUUCAUUUGCAGGUACAUUCCCUAAUUAGUUGAAUAUUUCCUACCAAAGCAAGGUUACCUUUUAAUUUUUGAAAAUGUUCGGGCUUAAGAAGUCGCCCUUGCAUAGGAAUGCUAGGAAUCACUCUGUGAAUCCUGGAUCCGGUGGUUAUUCAAGUUCAAAUCCUUUUGAUUCUGACAAUGAAUCAGACAACAAGGAAACUAUAAAACCUGCUCGGACGCCCUUGCAUAGGAAUGCUAGGAAUCACUCUGUGAAUCCUGGAUUCGGUGGUUAUCCAAGUUCAAAUCCUUUUGAUUCUGACAACAAAGAAACUAUAAAACCUGUUCGGAGAACUUCGUCAGAGCCUUCUCCAGUUACCCCACAUUUGAGUACAAACACUUUUGAUGAUGAUGAUGAUAUUAAACAGACUCAUUCAUCUGCUUACUCCGUGACUUCAACAGAAAGAAAUAAAUACAAAAAUGAGUUCAGGGACUCUGGAGGAUUUGAGAACCAAACUGUACAGGAGUUGGAAAACUAUGCAGUACACAAGGCUGAAGAGACAACGAAAUCUGUUAACAAUUGCCUGAGGAUUGCAGAAGACAUCAGACAAGAUGCCACAAAAACUGUAAUCACAUUACAUCAGCAGGGUGAACAAAUUACAAGAACCCACUUAACUGCAGCUGACAUUGAUCAUGACCUUAGCAGAAGUGAAAAACUUUUGGGUACUCUUGGAGGCUUCUUUUCUAAGAGUUGGAAGCCUAAGAAGACACGCUCAAUUACAGGGCCAGUAAUUACUAGAGAUGAUCCAGUUCAAAGAAGGGGUAACCACCUGGAGCAGAGAGAAAAGUUGGGGUUGAACUCUGCACCCAAGGAACGCUCAAGUUCACGAACACUACCUCAGGAACCUACUAAUGCACUGCAGAAAGUUGAGGUUGAGCAUGCGAAGCAAGAUGACGCAUUAUCAGAUCUCAGUAACCUGUUGGGAGAGCUCAAACAUAUGGCUAUUGACAUGGGGUCUGAAAUCGAAAGGCAGAACAGAUCCCUGGAUCAUUUUCAAGAUGAUGUAGAUGAGCUCAACUUCCGAGUUAAAGGUGCUAACCAGCGUGGCCGCCGCUUACUUGGCAAAUGACCUAGCAUUUAUCUCAUGUAUUAGCACUAGAUGUUAACGUGCUCAUUUUCUUCAUAAUACCAAUUUUUUCAUCUGUUAUUUCUGAUUUUUUUUUUAGUAUACCUGGUGAUCGGCUUGCAAAUCAACAAAUUGCUGAAAUUUACUUGCUUUUUACUUUCUCAGUUAUC